AUGCUUGAAUUUACACUUAAGUUUUUGAGUGGUGAUAGUCGCAAGUAUGAAGUCGACGAAUCGACAACCGUACGUCAAUUUAAAGAACGUUUACAUGAUGAAUUAAAUAUUCCAAUAGAACGGCAACGUUUAAUUUUUCAAGGCAAAGUUUUACAAGAUGAUGCAAAACUUACCGAUACCAAUAUCCAAAAUAAAACCGUACACUUUGUUGAACGUGCCGAACCAAUACCACCACCAGGUCCUAAUAAUGCUUCAGGCAACACAUUAAAUUCUAUGGAUCAUCGUACAAAUGAUGGUGGAAUGAAUCAAGCAUUAAUGGAUGAAGUUAAUGAAACAACAAGUAUUUUUAUUAAUGCUUUUCCAGGUGCCGCCAAUUUACAGCCGAAUGAUAUUCAAAAUUUAGUACAAAAUUUACUUAAUGAUCUUGGCGAUGUCGGACGACAAGCUCAAGUGAAUACAACAAUGGCUUCGGAUGGACAUGGUGUAGAUAUUAAUAUUGAUUUUGGCAAUAUACAUCAAGUUUUAGAACAACAAGAAAUCAAUGAACGCUUUCGUUCUAUUGGACGAAUGCUAACACGACUUAAACUUCGUACCGAUCGUAUCGAACAAAUUGUGCAAUCAAAUUUUCGUCUAUCACCUACUCCGCCUCCAUCAACGUCUGAAAGAACAACAAGUCCACCACGUCCAGCUGCAGCAACUACAACAAUAGCAGCAGCAGCUACAACAACAGCAGCGGCAGUAGCAAGUCCACCACCACAACCUUCGACAACGUCAUCAACAACAUUUCUUGGCAUGGAAGAUAUAACAUCAACUGAAAUGGAUGUAGAAUCCCAAGGUUCUAUUAAUUCAACUGAAACACUUCAUACACCACCAACUACUGCAGGUACAACUCCUGUAGAAAAUUCUUCAUCACCAUCAACAACAAAUAAUAAUGCAGCUAUCCCAGCACCGCGAACAGCUCGUGAUUUAGCUGAAUUAUUGAAUACAAUUGAUACUGAACAACAUCGAUUACAAGCAAAUUAUCAAACUUAUUUACGUACUAUAACACAAACUGAUGCUUUUGAUCAAGAAUUGAGUGGUCGCCAACGUUUUUAUUCUUUAUAUAAUGAAGCAACACAUUUAAUUGCUCAUAUUUAUCAUAAUAUAACUGAUUUUACUCUUGAUCUUAAUGAUCCACUUGAAACACGUUUAUUACAUUUGGGAGAAUUACCUAUUUCUCAAGCUGGUCUUGCUUCAAUAGCGCAAAAUAGUGGACAUAGUUUUCCAUCUGCUCAAGAAGUAGGAGGAGCAAGAGUAUUACCACGUCCUUCACGUUCAAUUGGUCGACGAGUAACAGCUGUAGCAACAGCUCGUAUUAUGGGUCCAAUACAAAUAUCAACUGGAGCUAAUCCAGCUUUGGUACCAGGAGAAGCUCGGAUGCCAUUUCAAAAUCCAAUGGGUGCUAUUCCUCGCAUGCUAUUUAAUGCUACACCACGAUCAUCACUUCCUAUUCGUCCUCCUCCACCUCUAACACCGAAUAAUGGUGGAAUGCAACAAUCAAUGCGUUUUAAUUUAGGUACAUUACCAUAUACAUUCAUGCAAAUGGGGCCAGAUGGAAUAACUUUAAAUCAAGUUUCAGCAUCAGUUGUAGCAGAUGUACAAACCGCUAAUUCAUCAUCAUCACAACAACAAUCAUCAACAAAUCGAUCAACAUUAAAUAAUGUUCCACAAGGUGCAACACAUGUCAUUUCAAGUGGUCCUAUACAAAUAAAUGGCGGUCAAUUAGACAGUAAUCUUGCUGCUGAAAUUGCACAACGUGUAUCCAAUAGUGUUCAACAACAUUUUGCUCAGAUGACCAAUCAACAAGUACCAAAUAAUACAAAUAUUAAUAAUCAAUCACCGAAUAAUAAUAAUUCGAAUGUAACAGAUUCAAUUUUACGAUCAACAUUUGUUCUUCAACCUGAUUCGCCAGCAACAACAUUACGUAAUAAUGAAACAUUAAGAUCACGUUCAGCUGAUUCACGACCACCAAAUAAUAAUACAACAACAUCCACAACAACAUCAAGUAUUGAAGAUGAUGAAGCUGAUUGGAUUGAUUUACCAUCAAUGGAUCUUCCUGUACCACCACAACAACUUCCUAAUCCACCUAUGCUCCCAAUGCCUCGUCUUCGAGGAUCAGCUAUAAUACAGUCAAUUGAUCGAAGUUUACCAUGUGCCUCACCUUAUUUUACUCAAACACUUCGUCCACCAUUUGAUAAUCCAAAUAAUGCAGCAAAUUUAACACCAGCAGAAGCAGCAGCAUUGCAAAAUACUUCUAAUCGUGCUGUUAUAUUUGCAACAGCACCUCAACGUCCACGUGGUCGUCAUCGUCAUCCGGCUGGACCAUGGGCACAAUUAAAUCAACAACAACAACAGCAACAACAACAGCAAAUGCAAAAUUUUAUGUUAGCAUCACCUGGCGCACCAACUGGUACAACUGUUCUUACACCUGCUGGUCAUGCUUACAAUAUGACAGCACAUUCAUUUGAAAUUCCAAUGGUUAUUUCAACGACAACAACAACUGAAAUACCACAACAGCAAACAUCUAAUGAUAAUUCUCCACAGCAACAACAACAAUCAUCAACUAAUGAUGCACAACAAAUUCAAAUGAAUGCAAUUAUAAGUCAGGUACUUUCACAAAUUUUACCUGGUGUUUUACGAACUGGUAACGGACGAGUUCGACUAAAUAUUGGUCAAAAUAAUCCCGGUAAUAAUAAUAACAAUACUUCAACUUCACAAUCUCAAGCCAGUGGAACAAAUACAACUCAACAGACAAUACCAACGGCAACUAAUAUUCCGGGAGUAGUAGCUGGUAAUUUAGAUUUCUCAAAUAUUGCUCGAUCGAUUGGUACUAUGGUACAAGGAAUAACUGGACGAUUUAUACCUGGUGCAACAUUAAUUAGUUCUAAUCUUGCAACGCCUACGUCAACGACAUCGUCAUCAUCGACGUCGUCCUCGUCCUCAUCUUCUUCAUCAUCAACAAUAACAACAACUAAUACGACUUCUUCAUCACAGAAUAGUAAUACUUCUACAAGUACAACAACAAAUAAUAAUGAAAAUGACGCUGUUACUGAACAAAUGCUUACAGAACUUUUACGUUUAUUGGGUGGUGGUCUUGAUAAUCCAGAAUUAGAUAAUCUUACAAUUGGUUCAUUUAUGCAACGUUUUGGUGAAGAUAUUGAUGCUCGUUCGAAUGAUGGUACUAAUCUUAUUAGUGAAUUAUUUUCCACAAUGACAUCACGUAUGCAUUUCACUGAUGUUUGGAAUCUCGUGUUGGGUAAUCCAGUUGGACCACGUAUUAAUGAAGCACGUCGAUCAGCAACUGAAUAUUUGCAGAAUACUAUACUUCAACGACGACCUAUAACACCAGAAACACUUGAAGAAAUAGUUGAUAAACUUUAUGAAUCACUUUUACAAGAAGCUGCUGUGAAUUUUAAUGAACUUCGAGUUAAACCAAAUAUUAAUAUAGCAAAUAUAAUGAAACGUUUCUUUCGUCAUCAUGCUCGUAAAUUAUUACGUAUUUUAUUUGAUGAUCCAAAUAAUGUUUGGUUUGAACGUUUUCGUCAACAAUUAAUUUCGAUGCGUAAUGAAUAUUUAGCAUUAUCAUCACAAUGUCUUGAAGGUGGAGAAACAGCUGCAAUAGAUUUUAUUCUUAAUCGACAUCGUAUUAUUUUUCGUUCAUCAAAUUCAAUGAUUGUAACAUGGUCUGAAACUUAUCUUCGUACAUCUUUAGCAAAUGCAUUUAAUGCAAUACGUUCAUCACCACCAAAUAUAUCAAAUUAUUUAAUAGAACCUACACCAAUUAUUGAACGCCAUGUACAUGCUACACCUUCAUCAACAACACAAUUAACUAGUAUAAUUAAUAAAACUAAUCAUGAACGUGAGACAGCAGCAUCAACAACAACACCAACGUCAUCAUCAAAUCCAUCAUGGAAAGCAAAUUUACCUGAUGAUUGGAUUCCAAUUGUUGUUCGAGAUGUGAAUAGUCAACAUGAUGCACCAGCACAAUCACCAUUUAGUGAUGCUUAUAAAGAAGGCAUGCCAUCUAAACGACGUCGUGUUCAUAUGCGUGAAGAUUUAACUUCAUCUAAUUUACUACAAACACUUGUUUUACGUGCUUCAUCAGCAAGUUCAUCAAAUAAUCAAAUGUCAAAUGGAACGCCAAUAACACCAGAAAGUGUCCUAACUGGUGAAGCACCUUCACCAACACUUGUUAAUACAUUUGAACAAGAACUUAAACGUUUAUUAGAACAACGUAUAAGACAAGAUCGUGAUUAUCCUGAAGUACAAAAUCGUAUGCCGAAUACAAAACGUUAUUUAGACGGUGACAAAUAA